AUCGCCGCGCGCCGAUCGCGCCUCCCAUGGUGCCCCGCGCCGGCUGAAUGGGGCAGAGCCAAGAUGGCGGCGAGCGCGGCCCCGGCGGGCGGCGGGUCCCUGUUCGAGUGCCCGAGCUGGGCAGGGAAACCACCACCUGGCUUACAUCUGGAUGUAGUCAAAGGAGACAAACUUAUUGAGAAACUCAUCAUUGAUGAGAAGAAAUACUAUCUCUUUGGGAGAAACCCUGAUCUGUGUGAUUUUACCAUUGACCACCAGUCUUGCUCUCGGGUCCAUGCUGCCUUGGUCUAUCACAAACAUCUCAAGAGGGUUUUCCUCAUAGAUCUGAACAGCACACAUGGCACGUUCUUGGGCCACAUCCGUUUGGAAGCUCACAAACCCCAGCAGAUCCCCAUCGACUCCACGGUUUCCUUCGGAGCCUCCACCCGCGCGUACACUCUGCGGGAGAAGCCGCAGACGCUGCCCUCCGCAGUGAAAGGGGACGAGAAGAUGGGUGGUGAGGAUGAGGAGCUGAAGGGCUUGCUGGGGCUGCCAGAGGAGGAGACAGAACUGGAUAAUCUGACAGAGUUUAAUACAGCCCACAACAAAAGGAUCUCCACGCUGACCAUUGAGGAAGGAAACUUGGACAUCCAGAGGCCAAAGCGAAAACGGAAGAACUCCAGAGUGACGUUCAGUGAUGACGAUGAGAUCAUCAACCCGGAGGACGUGGACCCGUCUGUGGGGCGGUUCCGGAACAUGGUACAGACAGCAGUGGUCCCUGUUAAGAAGAAGCGCCUGGAGAACGCGGGCUCGCUGCCCACGGACGAGUCGGCGUCGCGGCGCAUGCAGAGCUUCCCCUACAGCGGAGGAUUGUACGGGGGGCUGCCCCCCACCCACAACGAGGCGGGCUCGCAGUCCCACAGCGUGCACGGCACCGCGCUCAUCGGGGGGCUGCCCAUGCCCUACCCCAACCUCGCCCCCGAUGUGGACUUGACUCCAGUUGUGCCCUCCACAGUGAACAUGAACCCCGCUCCAAACCCCGCUGUCUUCAACCCUGAAGCUGUGAAUGAACCCAAGAAGAAGAAAUAUGCCAAGGAGGCCUGGCCGGGCAAGAAGCCGACCCCGUCCCUGCUGAUCUGAGCUGGGCUAGGGAGGGUAGGAGUUACCAACUUCAGAAACUUUUCAUGUGCGGUAUCGUCUUUUUAAAAUUUCAGUGUCCUAACAGAUGUAAUACCAAGAUUGGAGGAGUGAAAUAUGCUUUAAAGAUCUGUCUUCAAAUGUUUUUAUAUGUCUGUUAUAAAAAAAAAAAAUACAGCUCCUGUCUCCUUUUGAA